CGAGCGGGAACCUCAACAUGUGGACGGGCAUGACCCGGGAGGGGGGACUCUUCAAGAGGUCCUCCUCCGCCAAGCAGAAGGAGUUCGACCCGACGACCGCCUGCUGGUCGAUGGCGGGGCAGCUCGCCGUCGGCAUGCAGGACGGCUCCUUCGCGGUGUGGGAUUCCGUCUCGAGCCAGGUGUCGACGUCUGGGCGGUCGGGCAAGCACUCGUCGCCAGUCACGGCUGGCGACUGGAGGACGUCGCUGUUCGCGCCCGCGCUCGCGCUCGCCUCCACCUCCACCAUCAAGGUAUCUCGCGGCUUCGAGGCGGCUGAGUGGGGGUCGACGGCGCUCAAGCUGAAGCUGCCCAAGCGGUCGGCGGGAGGGUCGAUGAAGAGCCUGCCCGGCCGCGCCAAGGCGGACGUGGAGGGGCUUCACUUCUCCGCCCUCAAGUUCUCUGGCGGGGGGAGGCACCUCGCCGUGCUCGCGGCGCCAACCUCCGCGCCGAGGCUGACGCAGGUCAUCCUGUACGAGAUCCAGGCCGAGUCCGAGGCGCUGGUCGCCAGUCGCGAGUACGUCGGCGACGGGGUGGGCGGGGCCCCCUUCGAGGUCUGCUGGAGCGGCGAGCUGCUCGUCAUCUUCUCGCGCACCGACAGCGGCGGCUCCAUCCGCACCAUCCGCUCCAUGCCCGGCGCCGUCGAGCCGUCGUGGCCGCCCGACCCGCGCGACGCCCCCGGCAUGAUGACAUGCGGCGGCCUCUCGCCACGCGGACUGGUCGCGGCGGCCUUCGCGUGCGGCGAGCGCGGCGAGGUGCUGCUCUUUGGCCUCCCCGCCCUCGAGCCGCUCGGCAAGAUCUCGACGCCGGGCGUGCCGUCCGACCUGCAGCUGCACGCCCCCACCGAGGCGUCUCGGCACACGCUCUCCGUCGCCUUCGACGGCGGCGGCGUGCAGGUCUGGGAGGUGUGAAGGAGAGGGGCGGCGGCGAGGCGGGGCGGGCACGCGCGCGCGAGAUGCCUGUCCAUGCGCUCGCGGGCGGCGACUUCUGGGCGGAGAGGUUGGCCACGCCGACUUGCGACGCUUGUCUCACCAUGCAUCAUGUGGCCGGCUCAUGCGGAUGUCGCGUUGCGGCCGGCCGGUUGGAGUUGCGGGUAGGUACCGCAGGAAAGGGGGCGUACUCCUAGGUACCCCGGGAGGGAGGGAGGGGGGGGGGGGG